AGGGAAGGAGUUGUCAGGUGGGAUAUCACUCUUAAGUCAUCUCCACCAUUUCGACAUGAACACUGUUGUUAUUGUUUGCAUCGUCCUCACGGCUCUGGUGUCUGUUGUUUCGGCACAAGGAGCGUCUCCGACUUCAGGGAUGCCCCCUCCAUUGGUCGGAAUGCCCGGUAUGGGCGGCAUGGGUGGCAUGGGCGGCAUGGGAGGCAUGGGUGGCAUGAUGAGAGGCAUGGGCGGCAUGGGCGGCAUGGGCGGUAUGAGCGGCAUGGGCGGUAUGGGCGGCAUGGGCGGCAUGAUGGGUGGAAUAUUUGGCCAGCAGAUAAAGUGCCGAAUGAUGAUGCCUCUGUUUGAAAUGUUCAACUGAUUGAUGUCCGUCCGUCCAUUCGUCCGUUAGCUGGUCCGUGUGGGACACGGGUUACUGGUGUUGUACCGGACACGUAGCAUAGAACUCGUUACACAAAACAUGUUCAACAUCCGUCUCAUGUAUUAAAACAUCAGUUCAAUUUUA